AAUAUGUUAUCUGUAGACUACGUAAGACUUCCAGUAUAUUUACUUCGUUCGCACGAACCUUGCCAUUUUCGCAGUUGUCUUUGUGAACAAUAACCAUGAGAGUAUUUCUCGUAGCCGUUCUAGUUGCGCUGGCUGUGUACGUUAGCGGAGAACCAUGUAAUAACACCCGUGAGUGUCACGAUCACGGGAUUACCCAUUGCGGCAGUCAUAGACAUGUUGUGUGCCAUACCGACUUUUGUGAAUGUACGGAUGGUGGUGCCGGGGGACAUAGUUGCACAACGGAAGCUGAUUGCGGCCACUGCGCUCAUCACGAACAUGCGCAUUGUGUAGAUGGAACAUGCCAUUGUGCAGGAGGGCACUAGAUUGACUGCAAGUCUUGUAAAAAAUCUACGUAUAAUAAAGGAAUUGCAAAUUAA